AUGACUAUCUCCACCUGGGAAGAAUUAGGGGACCUGAAACGCCGAUCUAUCUUGGAGGCGAUCCCUGCCAAGUGGAGGUUUCAGCAGCCUAUUCCCCCAGCGGAAGAACUUCGUGAUGUGACCGGUUCCUAUAUUCAGCAGUUUUUGACCGCACGAGAGAUAGAGAUUACCGAGACUGAUGCGGCGGGCAUUGCCGAGCAGACGACAUCAGGCAAUUGGACUGCGGUUGAAGUGACGGAGGCCUUUUGUCAUAGGGCUGCGCUUGCUCACCAGCUUGUGAGCUGUCUGCAUGAGGUAUUCUUUGAUGCGGCAAUUGAGGACGCAAAGAGACUCGAUGCAUACUUUGCGGAGCAUAAAAAGCCGGUUGGGCCACUUCAUGGUCUGCCAGUCAGCUUGAAGGAUCAAUUUCAUGUCAAAGGAGUCGAGACGAUGAUGGGGUACGUAGGAUGGAUUGGUACAUUCGAAGGCAAGAAGGGUGAUCUGAGAAGGGCCACGUUCGAAAGUGAAUUGGUCAAGGAGCUUCGAAAUCUUGGAGCGGUAUUGUACUGCAAAACCAGUGUGCCUGCAAGUUUGAUGUCGGGUGAAACGGUCAAUAACAUCAUCUCUUACACUUGGAAUCCUAAGAACCGACUUCUAUCCAGUGGAGGUAGCUCAGGUGGUGAAGGCGCAUUGAUCGCGCUAAGAGGGUCCCCUGGUGGAUUUGGAACCGAUAUAGGUGGAAGCAUACGUGUCCCAUCUGUGUUCAAUGGGGUUUUUGGAAUCCGUCCCUCGUCCGGGAGGAUGCCCUAUGAGGGCGCUGCAAACUCGAUGGACGGUCAGAACAUGAUCCUGUCUGUCGUUGGACCUCUUGCGACUACUGCGCGUUCUCUCACUCUCUUAUUUAAGGCUGUGCUCAGUCAACAGCCAUGGUAUCAUGACCCACUCGUGCUGGAGCUGCCAUGGCGCGUGGAUAUUGAAGAGAAGACCCGAGCUCUUAUAGAGCAAUCAGCUCGAGGCUCUCCUUCUCUUUCAUUUGCUAUUAUGCGCCACGAUGGCUUGGCCCUGCCUCAUCCACCAAUAGCUAGGGCUGUUGAGAUUGUCGAGCAAACUUUGAAGCGGUUGGGCCAUAAGGUCAUAGAGUGGAAGCCACCAUCUCAUCAGAUUGGUACGGAUAUAGCUAUGAAGGUCUUCCACGCCGAUGGCGGUGUGGAUGUGAUGCAUGACUUUGGGUUGUCGGGGGAGCCAAAAGCUCCACAGUGUAUUGUGAAGGAGGGGCCUACACAAAAUGCCGUAGAGAUCGCUGCACUCAACGUGGCAAAGCGGCAAUAUCAAAAGCUUUACAUGGACUACUGGAAUAGCACAGCUGAGAUCACCGGUACUGGACGCCCUGUCGACGGUGUGAUCAGCCCGUGUGCUCCACACGUUGCCGUGAUACCCCAAAAAUAUUCUAGCGUUGGGUAUACCACAAUCAUUAAUGUCUUGGAUUACACGAGCGUUGCGUUCCCGGUAACUCAUGCAGACAAGACAGUUGAUGUGCCUCAGCCGAGAGCCGAGUUCCUGAGUGACAUGGACAAGCUCAACCAUGAGCAAUAUGACCCUGAAGCUUACGAUGGUGCCCCUGCUGGUCUUCAAAUAUUUGGGCGGCGGUUGGAGGAAGAAAAGAUGCUGACACUAGCAGAGUACAUCAGCCAAGAGGGCUCUGCUGGGGCCGAAGAUAAUACCCCCGGCGCGGGAAAGAAUGCGGCUGUCAAGGACCGGAAAUGUCAAUACUGUCACCAAGCGUUUACCUCUUCUUCCUUGGGUCGUCAUUUAGACCAGUUCCUCUUCAAAAAGAAGCCCGAUGGGGUUCACGAUGUCGAGGAAAUCCGGCGCAUUCGAAGUGGCAUUACGCGACGACAGGCUCGUACCUCGUCCGGCAAACGGGAUACUCCUGAACGGACUACGGGAAAAGGCCAGUUAGAUUCAUAUCACACUGGCGAAUCCGGGACGAAGUCGCGCGAUGGGGUUAGAAUGAUGUUCAACACUCCCACAUGGCAUGCGACCGGUGUCAUUAACGAUAUCCCCAACCCAAGUCAGUCGCACGACGGUCCUGGUGCAUCGCGGUUUCCCUCUUCGCAAUCCCGAGUACCUAAGCCUCUGCCCGAUUAUGCAAGUAGAGGCGCUAGCGCUAAUAGCCCUGAUACAAUGAGGGCGCUGGAGCUGGCCCUGCGCGAGGUUCUGGACAAUAUCAAGGCUGCAACGUCAAGAAUGCGCCCUCGAAUGUCUCCGUUUGAUUUCGAUAUUCAGUCGCAGACGUUUCCUUCACUCUGCCUGCAAUUGCUACCCCCGCCCCCGAGUUUAUUCGCAGCUAGCCCGUUCCCCUCACCUUCUUCCUUCCCGCUUCAGCCUCCUGGAGUAGAACAUGUUGAAAUAGUGCGACAAGCUCUCCGUGCCCAGAUUGACCAGUGGCAGUCAGAUCAACUUUCUACUGACUCUAUCAACAACUCUCAGCCUGGGAGGCCAAGUAUUGGUUUGGAUGCGACCAUGAUCGCCCGAAGUGCACAACAGCAUGAAGACAUCAGUCUGCGGCACCUAGAAUUGGCAUUCAAGCAUUGGGCUUCACUUCCUCCUGAAACGAGGCGAGAUGCAUGGCAGCUAGAAAUUACCCGAGCGUUCGCCCGGGAAAUGGAGAAGCGCAAGUCGUUGGAUGACCAGCUGGCUCGUGUCCAACAAGAGGCGAACCAACUUCGCGCCCAAGUAGAAAGAUUAGGCUCAUGUCAAUGGCCUAGGGAAUUUGCUCUGUUCCCUCCAGAUACGUUACCACUGCCUCGGGAUGUGGCCCGCGAGUUGGAUACGAACGAAAGCAAGAUCAGCCCCGAUUCGUCUCGCUGGGACUAUGAUAAUGUGGUCGCGAAGUGGAAACGGGUAGUGAUGCACGAUAAGAGCAUGGGUCGUGUCGGAGUUGGACGGUCCAGUCCUGUGCUAGACGAUAAUGGUUCUGCGGACAGCAAGCGUGGUAGCGAUGAGCCAGUAAAUCUUUCCAGACCAAGAAUAUUGCAACCUCCAGCGGCAUUGAGUCCAUCGGCUCCUUCGCCAAUCCAGACAGGCGAGCCAUCCGCGUCUUCUAGCCAACAGACUUCUCCAUAUUUACCACAUGAUGCCACCCGCAGCCCUAAUGCCGGCCCUCAAGCCAAGCGCCCACGCCUUAUGAACGGACAUCAUUCAGCGACCGCUGCCGAAGGAGCCAGUAGCCCCUCGACGAAUCAAAAUCCCCCUGGAAACUCCAAGCCAUGGCACCCUCAGCAAUCUCUUACCGUUUCUAACCUCACUGGGCCCUCGGGUCCUACUCCUCCCCCGUCUUCCUCUGGCACAUGA